AUGGUAGGACCUUCGAGGCUGGAUCUCAUUAUCGUUGCCGCGAUGCCGAGGUGUGUCGACAACGACCAUGACAACAGUAGGUCAGAUGAAUUCUGUCACUGAGUCCCAUUUCUUCUCGGCAGAUUUUAUAACCCUCGAGUCAAAAUUGAUUUAGUUUGCUUUCAUGUCCGGAAGACAGAUCCCCACUCUAGAACGUUCCUUUCCCGAAGCCGACUUCAUAGUUGUACUCAAGAUUCUGCCUCCGAAUAAGUGGAGGAUGCUCGGUCUAGCCUUUGGAAGGCAACUGUGUCAGUCAGCUCCCUCUCCGCUUGACCAUACCGCCUUCGGUCUGCCUAACACGCCAGCCAAUCACUGCUUACACACGUGUGACUCAGCAUUCGGCUUGUCGACACCGCAAUGCCGAUUGGUACUUCCGUCUUCAUCGAUUGGCCGCAACCGGGCAAAGCUCAGGCGCAUGCACUCUGCGCUGGGGCCAACAACCUAAAAACUCUAAGAAACGACUGGGGAGAGCAAUUCUCGUCUCUGUCUGCGGAGCGGCGUGUACGCUCUCUCGCCGCAGUAAAGGUCGUUUAACCAACUGUCCUGACUCUUAAUUUUGGAAACCUUCAUUUGUAGACCAUCACACCUCGACACAACCACGGAUUUGUUACUUGCGUUAUUGGUGUUCCUUUCUUUGAGGGGAUCCGCGCUCUUCUCAAAUUUCUAACGUCGAACCUAUGGCAGUCUCCAAGUGUGAAAAGUCUGUCCGCUUACAUCGGAGACUGAAUGACUUACUAAGGGUCCCAAUUAAAAAGAUGGUCUUCUGGGUCGUCCUUGCAGCCAGUUGUUGUGGUGGAGUGCGCGCUAUUGUUAUUAGUGAAAUUCUUCCCCGCGAACGACUGGGGGCAGCAGUGAGAUGAGCCAGUGGUUAUUUCAGCUUAGCCGCACAUUAGUGCCCUGAUUAUGUCCCUUCUGUGGAUCAGGUGAUUCUUCUCUGCUCGGUCAGUCGAUUCACGGAAGGCGACCCUCGCUGGUACCCAUCCCAGGCCUGGUGAGGUGGCCAUCAAGUAGAACUGUCCUUCUUUCCGGCAAACAAAGUGAGCAGAGUCACUCCGGUGGAAGGAGUUUAGGCCCAGGCGUUGACUGCAUCUAGACUGCGAUAAUUUGGCACUCUGUCAGCUGCCGUUAGCGGAUCAGGAAGCAAGCCUUGUUUUGGGGCGCACUUUCUGGCCCCCUUUGCUUACGAGGGCGUAAGCUGUGUCGCUAAUGCGAGGACGUCAUAGACACAGAGAGGGCUGCCAACGCAUGUAGUAAAACGACAACCCGAGUUAGCCCUGGUUAUCUGUGUGUAGGGUGAGGGAGGUCAGUAGAGCGUGGCCUAGGGACGCAUCCGUUUUUGUUGCCAAAAGCGAGGAAGAUGAUGAUGGUGAUGAUGAUGAUGGUGAUGAUGAUGAUGGUGAUGAUGAUGAUGAUGAUGAUGAUGAUGAUGAUGAUGAUGAUGAUGAUGAUGAUGAUGAUGAUGAUGAUGAUGGUGAUGAUGAUGGUGAUGAUGAUGGCGGUGGUGGUGGUGGUGGUAGUGGUGGUGGUGGUGGUUCGCAUAUCAACUGA